AUCUACUCAGCAUAUGACUGGUUUGUCAACAUGCACUCAAACUGAGGAAAAAUGGGUUGAACCUAUGGAUGUUUUACUACUGGCCGCAGAAAACAAGAAUUUUUUGGAGGAAAAUAAAAGCUUAAAUGAUAAACUUCAGGCUGUAUAUGGAGCAUAUGAUCAACUUCAUCAGAAGACCUACACAGAGAAGAGAAAUGUAAAAUUGCAAGCUGAACUUUCACAGGAAUUUAAUGUUGAUGUCAUCAUUCAUGAUGCAAAACAAUUCAAAUAUUACACAGGUUUAACACCUGAUCAGUUCCUUGGUGUAUAUGUUUUUUUGGUACCGAAUGAUCAAGUUAUCCCAAUACAGUUUCCAACUAACAGAACAAAAGAAGUCAUGACAUUGAAUUUGAAAAAUCAUUUAUUUUUAACAAUUAUGAAAUUGAGACACGAUUUUCAUUAUUCUGACAUGGCUUUCAGAUUUAAAAUUAGUAAACAGACAACAAGUGUUAUUUUUACAUACUGGAUCAAUUAUAUGUUUUUGAGAUUUGGAGAGCUUUCCAUCUGGCCUCAUAGAAAUGUCAUCAAAGAAAAUAUGCCAUCCAAAUUUAAAGAAGAAUUUCCGACAACUUUUGGUAUUCUUGACUGUACGGAAAUAAAAAUAAACAAACCAUCAUCUCUUAAGGCCCAAUCACAAACCUACAGUGACUAUAAAAGCUGCAAUACUAUGAAAGGUUUAGUAGUGUGUGAUCCAAGGGGUUCAGUUACAUUUGCUUCAAUGUUGUUUAGUGGUGGUAUAUCUGAUAAGGACAUUUUUGUUCAAUCGAAGUUUGAAGACAUGCUCAAAGACUUGUUGGAUGAGGGUUACCUACUCCAAGGAGAUGGACUCAUGGCAGAUAAAGGAUUCAACAUUGAAGAGGAAGUAGAGAAAUGUGGGCUGCAAUUAAACAUACCACCCUUUUCAACCAUUGGAAAACAAAUGUCCAAGAGUGAUGCUUUACUUACCAAGAAAAUUGCUAAACACAGAGUCCAUGUUGAAAGAGCUAUUGAGAGAAUCAAACGUUUUAAAAUUUUAUCUGGAAAAUUUAAACUUUCUUUAUUUACUUUGAUUAACCAAAUAUGGCAUUAA